GCCACUCCUUGCAUCAGCUCUAUAUCGCGAACUGCUCACAACUAUCGCCAUUUUCCCUCCUGCGGAACAGACAACGAGCAGACAUUGUUGGACACCGCGCUAUUUGCCGAAAUGGCAGUGUGAAAUUGUGCCGCGACCCAGCAGCAGCCAGCAAAACAGUGCAUCCAGCCAGUGCACUGAGUCACUUCUAAUUCAGCAAAAAUGUCGUCCUACGUGGAAACCCUCAGCACUGCUGCAUUCGACAGCAUAAUAGAAUUCGAAGCUACCCUAGCAUUGUCACGCUCCCCAUUUGUGACCAACAACAGCCAUUAUGACCAUGAUGAUGACCAGCUCACAGUUUGGCCAGGAAGACAUGGAGGCCCUUCUCUGGGGGCCUUCCUCUCCCAUGGCUGACGCCAUGGACUCGCUGUUUUUCCGCCCUGACAAAGAACAACAGAAAGGAGGAGGAAGCUUGGAGGGGGAUGCUGAACCUGCUUCCCCCCUCACCUCCUCAUCGCUGUCGUCUUCCUCUUCUCCUCCGCCCUUCUACUCCCCUCCUCCCUCUCCGCCGGCCCUCCUCCUCCAUGGGGACAAAGUCGGGAUGGAGUCUGAUCUGCUCUUCCCUUUAUUGGCCCACCCAGGUCAGCUGACGUGUAGCCAGGUGCUCUCAGGUGACGGCAAAGAGGAUGCGCUCAGUGACUUGGACUGGAUGGCUGAGAAGGUGGAUCUUAGUGACCUUGACCUGGACUCGCUGAUUGGCUCCUGCAGUCCUGCUGAAGAGUCUCACAGCUCUCCAGAAGACCUCCUGGCCUCCUUUGAUUGCCCCAUGGAGCUCGACUCCCUCCCCCUGCCAGCUCUCUCAACUCCUGUGCUCAUGGAUCCUCCCUCUGCUUCUCUUUCAAGUACACCGCCCCCUUCAUCUUCCACUGUCUGUUCAGAUACUGCUGUCAUCACUGUGGAUGAUCCUGAAUCCUGCAUCGAUGGGCAGGAGGUUCCUUCUUCUCCACUUUGUAUCCCAGAGCCUCAAGAGGAGCUCGAAAUCAAAUCAGAGCCUACCUCCCCAGACCCUGAAUCCCCCGUAGUAGAGUCUCCCUCCUCCCCUACCUUUACCCUGGACCUUGGCAGUGAAGUGGAUGUGUCAGAGAGUGAGGUGAAGCCAGUGGUAGCCACUGUGGUCCCUCAGGUCCCAAAGCUUGUACUCUCACUCUCACCAACUCGCAUCGUCCUCGUGCUUGCCCCGAAAAAGGAAGUCGGGAUCACCACGGCCACCACGUCAAAGGUCAUUUGUUGCUCCCCACCAUCCUCCCCUCCAAAAACACCCUCCAGAAGCAGACCCUACCCGGAACCAAAUUACAAAGCUAGUCCGCCCUCUCCUAGCACCACCAGUGUCAAGGUCAAGUCCCCACGUGGUGCAGGUGGACCUGAACGUGCAGCUUUGAGGCCUCCAAAAGACAAAAAACAGAAGAAGAUGGAGCAGAACAAAACUGCUGCCACGCGCUACAGACAGAAGAAGAGAGCGGAGAAGGACGCCCUCGCUGACGAGCACGUGCUGUUGGAGAGGAAGAACCUAGAGCUGGCAGAGAAGGCCGAAUCUAUGGCCAGAGAGAUCGAGUAUCUCAAAGAACUGAUGGAGGAAGUUCGAAUGGCAAGGCUCAAGAAGGGUCUGAGUGCUGACCCCUAGUGGCAGGACCUAGCAGUGACUGAUCAUGCGUGAUAGGAAGUGAUGACUAGAAAGUGGGCUCAGUGGGUUUUAUUUUUUUGAAAAUGAAUAACAGUAUAGUUGAAGCUGCAUCUGCACUGCAUGACUUGGAUGCACAAGAAAAGAAGUGUUUGUCAGAUGAUCACCUUUUAUGUAUCCAACACUGGUAUUAAAUAUUGAAUAGUCACGUAGAAGUAGAAGCAAGUAGUUGAAAAUUAAGUAAUCUUCUCCCAGUAUAAACAUAUUUUAUGUAUGUAUUUGCGUGUAUUUGGACCUUGGUAACCUAGGAACUGACUUUUUAACCUUUCAACUUGUCUAUAUUAUAUCACAACCAGACUACAUGUAUUCUCUCAAUAAAGAGUAAUAAAGUGCUUAAA